AUGAGGAGAGCGACGACGACCUUCACCUUCAGCACAAGCUGAACGGGAGCGGAAGCAGCAGCAUCGGCAGCGCUGGCAGCGGAAGUGGCCGGUCGGCAUGGCAACCGUUGUACCUGAGCUCCGAGCUGUCGCCUCCUCAGCACAUCGCUCCGUCCCCCGCCUCGUACCGCGACCGCGAGCCUCUCUCGGGCCCCCCACAUUCGGAGAACAGCAGCAGCAGCACUGGUUUCAGCCACAGCCACAGCAGUAGUAUGAAAUCGCUGAGCAGCGCGGCUGUCUACAGCAGCAACCCUGAGAUCCGAGUGAGUAGCCCACGAGGCCGAAGCGCCAGCCCCGUCAUCGGGCACCGCCGGCGAGAGUACUCCCCGCACCACCUGAGCAACCCCUCCCCUCCCAUGAUGGCCAUGAAUCUGGUGAAGACCUCCUCCUCCUCAUCUUCAUCCUCCUCCUCCUCUGCAGCCGCUGCAGCUGUCGGUUCCUCCUCCCCCUCUUCCUCUUCACCUCCUUCAUCCUUCUCCCCAGCCCUGAACAACAACAACAAUUCAUCGUCCAUCCACUCGAUUUCCCACCCGUCCCCACUUCCCUCACCGGUGCCACGGUCCACCCCACCCUCCUCCUCCUCCCCUUCAGCUUACGAUAACAACAACAGCAGCAAUACAAACAACAACAACAACAGCAGUUCAGGCCUCACCUCCUCCUCCUCCUCCUCUUCCGCCCCCACCUCCCGCAGCCUCACCUCAUCUUCCGCCCCGCCGAGCAAACCCAAACCCAGCCCCAUCACUCUGGGCGUGCCGCCUCUGGGCGCAGGUCCCGGUGGUGGGAGCAGCCCGCUGACCCCCAUCUCCUCUGGCGGGGUCCCCAUCAUCUCCCCGUCGGCCAAACACCCGAUGACCGCCUUCCACGGCCUCCCGACCCCACUGUUCCUGCCCAGCCCCAUGGUCCCCGUCCAUUUCUGGAGCUCCCUCUCCCCCGUCACCACCCUCAGCCCCAGGCUCAACUCCUCCGCCUCCGCCUUCCAGUUCCCCAGUUUUUUCAACGGGCCCCUCGCCUACUCUCCGCUGGUCGGGACUUUCUCGGCGUCGUCCUCGUCCGGCGUGGAGAAUCUGGGGACCCCGGGUCUUGUGUCCACCCCAACGCGGACUAUACCUGUCCUAUGACAAUGAAUGCCACGGACCGUCUGUGGGGGCGCGCGCGCAGGUUGAGCUGGCUGCUGGCGAUGUUCUGGCAAAACAACGAGACAUUGUGGACCUUGACCUUGUUAUACUACAACAAUAUGAUGGACUUGUUGUUAUACUUCGACAACAUGUCGACUAUCUCCUACACAUCGGAGAUACCUUCGACAUCGGCUGUUUCCUUUAUGAGAUUUUUUUUUUAUUGUUCGAUUUUUAUUUCGCGUCGUGUGUUGACAAGAUUUGUGUACACAUCAUUUUUGAAAGGGUUCUUUAUUUUUGUCUAACUGAUGUAUUUGUCCACUACAUUAAGAACAUCGACAAGUGACUGAGUCUGAUAGAUUACCCGAGGCACGUUAUGGACUCGAGACACAGAGAGUGGACGUAUUCUUUCGACGCAAAGGAUCCAGCGCAAGUGUUGACGUUCCCAUGGCAACACUUAUUUCUCUACGAUGUUCAGCAGUUCCAAGUCUGACUGACUGGAUGGAUGGAUGGAUGGAUGACGAGAUAGUUCAGGACUGAUAGACUAAACUAUCGAGAGAUGACAAGAUGGUUCAGGAUUUACUGACGAAACUAUCAAGGGAUGAUCAACGAGAUAGUUCAGAACUGACAGAUUAAAACUAUCGAGAGAUGACAAGAUGUUUCAGGAUUUACCGACAAAACUAUCGAGGGAUGAUCAACGAGAUAGUUCAGAACUGACAGAUUAAAACUAUCGAGAGAUGACAAGAUGUUUCAGGAUUUACCGACAAAACUAUCGAGGGAUGAUCAACGAGAUAGUUCAGAACUGACAGAUUAAAACUAUCGAGAGAUGACAAGAUGUUUCAGGAUUUACCGACAAAACUAUCGAGGGAUGAUCAACGAGAUAGUUCAGAACCUACUAAAGACUAAACCGUGGAGAGAUGAUAAAUGUACUCGCAUUUUGAGCUUUCAGCCCCGUGUUGUUCAACGUAGAUUUAAGCUAGCUGUCAGUUCUCCUGACUCGACAUCGGUGGGGAACUAUCCCGCCGGUACACGAUGACUCUUGACUCUUGACGCGGAUAAACAGAUCUGUUGGACUGUGUGUGUUAGUGAGCAGCAUGGGUGGGUCAUUCUCUCUCCUCUCUGCCACUUGAUUGACGACGACUGGCAUUGAUUGCGUGCCAGGAAAUUAUGUGUAGUUGUGGAAACAAAAAAACUAAUCUCGAUUGAUGCCCACCAACAAGGAAAGGCCUUUUAUCUUCGUGAUAUAGACUUUUUAUUCACUGAGGAAAAGAAUGUUUUUCUUUCUACAUGAAUGCUUUUCCUUGCAACAAGUGGGUUGAGUUUUGUUGAUAAUAAUAUUUCCCUUUUUUUUUCUUUUCUUUUUUCCUGAUUUAUCGUUAAAAAAAUGUUCCGUGUUUCUUCCCGCAUGCUGUAAUAUGUCCUUAACUCAGCUGUACAGAUACUAAUGAGAACGGUCUCCGCCGUGAUGGGUCUCUCGUCCGGCCUAACGAAGUAUAUAUGAGACGAUGUUUUGUUUGGUUUUCUCUCCCGGAGAGUUUGUUUCCCCCCGCCCCGUGUUUUGAUCUGACAACGAGAUACUACGUACUACGUAAUGUUUUUUUGUUUUUUCGUGUUUUGUUUUGUUUUUCCCCCACAACGAGGAUAAUUUUAUCCGAUAUGCCAGGACGAGCUUGGUGCUCAGUAGAUGUUUGCAGUUCUCCUCACGGUGUGUGUUUGUUUGUUUGUUUGUGUGCGAGUGGAAAAUGAAAAA